GGCACUUUUCGCACGUGGGAUAUUCCAGCUCCGAGCAUUCCUGCGACGCAACCUCCCCCUCAAGAUUGCCGUAUUCGUGUCCAUGAAUGAUGCCUAGUUCUCAGUCGCAUUGCGCUGGAUAUCGCCCUGCCACUAUUGUCUAAGUUCGCAUCCAUCUCGCAUCCAUCGUUCCAACCUACAUACCUGAACCCGCCGCAACUGCUCGAUCUGCGCCCGUGACGUGAGAAACCUUCGAAGGCUGCCUGGCAUUGUGAGGAUAUCGCUUUAGAAUCUGCCCGCACCCCGAUUUGCUUACGCGGGGCGCAACCCAGUGGAGCUGAACCAAACCGUAUUUCGUGAAGUGCUUCACGGCGGCGGUCAUACUUCGCGAAAAAUGCCCUCAGGAUCCCCCGAAUCGCCUGGUGAGGGCUUCUUCAACGAUCUGUCCCAGCAAGUCCCGGACUCGAACAAUUCCUGCGAAUCCCCUUCCAGAUCGAACAGCCUCGAUGGGGGCCAGAAGGACGAUGCCGCGAACAAACCGAAGAGGAUAGCUUGUGUAUUGUGUCGAAGGAGGAAGUUGCGAUGCGAUGGCACCCGGCCUACGUGUGGGACCUGCAAGAGAUUGGCACAUGAUUGCGCCUACGACGAGGUGCGCAAGAAGAGCGGGCCCAAGCGGGGAUAUGUGAAGCUUUUGGAGGCACGACUGCAACAAGUCGAGACGCUGUUGAAGAACCAGGAAUCGAACGACCAACCUAAAGAGACUUCCCGCCAGGAUUCUACAUCUGCGUACGUGGCAAAUACGUUAUCACAGGGACCGCCGGACGCAAGUGGGGGGUAUCUGGGGACCUCUGGCGAGGCUUCAGUGAACUUCCCGGAGUCCAUAUCGCCAGGCCCCGAUGCAUUUCAGACGAAUUCUUCAAAUAUGAACUCCGUGGAAGGUGACUUUCAAUGGGAAAUGAUUGGAUUAGGCCUGGACGAGCCACUGCCCCCUCAGGAUGUCAUAAACGACCUUUACCAGCUGUACUUCACAAAGAUACACCCCUCGCUUCCAAUCAUUCAUAGACCGCGAUUCCUUGCCGCAAUGAACCUCGCACCCCAUAUGCGACCACCCGUCUGUCUUCGAUAUAUCAUGUGGACUCUAGCCGCUUCUGUCACGGACAAGUACGAUGUAUUGCAGGAGCACUUUUACCAUCGCGCAAGGAAAUAUGCUCAAAUGGACGAGAUGAAAGGCCACGGCGAAUCAACAAUCACCUUGGGGCAUUGUCAGUCGUGGAUUCUAAUGGCAACUUACGAAUUCAAGCAGAUGUACUUCCCUAGGGCGUGGUUAUCGGCUGGUAGAGCAGUCAGACUCGCUCAGAUGAUGCAACUGCAUCGGCUGGAUGGAGCCGGAUUAGAUGUGAAGCAAUGUCUUCCGCCCCCGAAGGAUUGGACAGAGAGAGAAGAGAGAAGGAGGACAUUCUGGAUGGCGUUCUGCGUUGACCGCUAUGCCAGCAUUGGAACAGGAUGGCCAAUGACCAUAGACGAGCGAGAUAUCAUGACCAAUAUGCCAUCCAGUGAGGAAGCUUUUGAGAAGAGCAAACCAAUGCCCACUGGUUCAUUGCAACAAGCCAUGGGUCCACAAGGAGCUGCAUCACUCCAACCAUUCGGAGGCAUCGUCUUAACGGCUGCACUAUUCGGUCGCAACCUUCUGCAUCUCCAUCGACCUGGAUCGGACGAUCGCGACGAUGAUUUGAAUGGUGGAUUCUGGACUCGACAUCGCAGCAUUGAGAACAUCCUUUUGAACACUUCACUUGGUUUGCCCGACCACCUACGAUUGCCAUGUGGCCUCCCUGAUCCUAAUGUCGUCUUCCUUAAUAUGAGCAUCCACACUUCAGCUAUAUGCCUUCAUCAAGCUUCUAUUUUCAAGGCAGACAAGUAUCGACUGCCGGUCAAUGUCAGCAAUGAGAGCAAGAUCAGAUGCGUAACUGCCGCUGCAGAGAUAGCUUCGGUAAUGAGGAUGAUCAGCCAUCUGGACUUGGCGGCAAUGAACCCAUUCAUAUCGUUCUGUGUCUACGUCGCGGCACGUGUAUUUGUUCAGUAUCUCAAGACCCGACCUAAGGAUCAACAAAUGAAUUCGUCGUUACAAUUUCUCCUGCAAGCGAUGCAGGCACUGCGCCGAAAGAAUCCCCUCACAGAAUCAUUCUUGGUUCAGCUUGAUUUGGAUCUCGAAAGCGCUGGUGUAUUGGGUCUGCAACAAAAGCCGUUGUUGCAUUCUCAGCGAAGCAGAGUGCCUGGCUCCAUUCCAGUCAAUACUGACUCUGUUUCCUGUAGCCCCAUCUUCGAAAUUCGCGAAUCCCAGUCUGCAAACGCUCCCAUGAACCAGUUUACCGGUGCGUCUGCAACCGUACAGAAUAAUGGCGCAUCCGCACCAUAUAACGACAACUCUCCUGGACCGCCAUUCCACGAUUCAAACAUUCCUCUCAACAUGAAGCCACAGCCUACACCAUUCGUCCCUUCUCAAGGGGGACCCCAAAUGGACCUUCCUUCCAGGGAUAGACCGUCUAACCCUGACAGGUUUGCGCCUAAUGGAAUCGCUCUGUCAUCGAAUGGGUUCAACGUGGACGAUGGAAUUGAAAUGGACACUUCUCCAGAUGCCAACGCUGAUCAACCAAGCCCCUCAACAACAACAUCGCAAUCGAGAGGGGGGUCGACUUCACACACUUCGUAUUCUCCUGGACAACAAGACGACAAUCAGAAUAUCCCGUAUCGAGCCUCUCCCAGCGGCUUGAAGAAUCAAAUACCUCUGCCCCACUCAACGGGUGCCAACAACAGUGCCUUCUUUCCCGCAAGCGAAGACAUGUUCUCAGCAUCGCUAUUCUCUCACACAGUCAAUCCUCUCAGCAACGAUCCCAUUUCCAAUGGCUUCAUGGUGGGUAAUGAAUGGGGGAUGCCUGCUGGGAUGGGAACUGGCACGGGUAUGACUCCAAUAUCCGAAGGAGGCUGGAACCAGAUGUUGGAGAGCAUCAAUCUAGGGUGGGACUCUAUGGGGCCUCCUCAUGGCAACCCGCCUACCGGAUAAGGAAUCCGGGCCUAAAAAGAAUGUGUACUACUAAGAAAGAACAGAUUUCGGAACAGGAUUGAGCGUUGAGACAAGGAUACCCACUUUCGCUUUUAUUGGUCAUGAGGGCUCCUGACUCCCCAAGUCUGCUCUUGAUAAAGGAUUGCUGAUAUUUAUGUUCUUGUAACACUUUUUACAUAUUCGGCGUCUCAGGUUAGACCAGACACAAUAAACUAUCUCGAAGAUAUGUUAUCGAUUAGGUCAUCACACCGCUCAUGUAUACUAUGAUGCAG